AUGUUUGCUCUAUGUGGCCUCAGCUUGGCUACACUGUCUUUGUCAACCGCACAGACGUCGACUUCGACUGUGGCAUGCGAAGUCUCGGAGGGUGACAAGAGCUUUGGUGUUCGAGUCGUUGAUGAUGUUGGCUGCUUGAAUGGUGGUCUUGGUUGUUACAACGACCACUGUCGCUAUUGCAAGCUCAUCGACACACCUAAGUCAACGCAGUUUGAAAGUUGUUCUUCGUUCGGAGCUAGUUUUACAACCAUGGCUACGUUGACUGCCCCUACUGGUCCUUGCGAAAUUUCAGUAGGCGAUGCUGCCGUCGGAAUUGCGGCAGUCUCCGACACAGAUUGUCUUUAUGGAGGCCUCGGUUGCUUUAAAGAUCAUUGUCGAUUUUGCAAGCUAAAUGAGACAGCAGAGUCCACUGCCUUCAUCGACUGUAACAAGAUGAAUACGACCACCAUUGUAACCGACGGUACGCCGACUACUCCAAUACCAGCCUUCACCGGCACGAAUGUACCGAGUAAUGGAUCAGUCUGCUCAAUUAAGGUGUCUGAAGGCGAUGCCGCCGUCGGAAUCAAAAUUGUCACGGACAAUACGUGCGCGGGUGGUGGCAUUGGCUGCAUUGACGAAGUUUGUCGCUAUUGCAGAUUAACGACAACAGUUCAGUCGGCUACAUUUAUCGAUUGUCAUACUGUCGCCAAUUUUGUGGUCGGAGACGACAAGCCUGCAGAACCUUCGACUGAAGUACCGACAGAAAUUCCCACUGAGGCCCCGCUUGUCACUGGCACAUGUCAGCAGGUCGCUGCUGAGGGAGAUAUUAAGGCUGGCAUCAUUAUCGUUCCGGAUGACUCGUGUGCUACAGGUGGUAUUGGAUGCAUUAGCGAUGUUUGCCGCUAUUGCAGACUCGUGUACACUCAACAGUCGGCCGCUUUCAAUGACUGUCGCACAGUUCUUAGCCCAAAUACUUUCAUACCGUUGACCGGAACAGCGCCUCCUUCAUCCGGUACCUCCAUUGACAUCGACGGGUCUACGCAAACACCUACAAGCUCAGUGACCGAAGCUCCAAUCACCCAUCCAGCGUGUACUCAAGUUAUUUCCUCGGGUGAUGCAUCAGUCGGAAUCAACAUAGUUUCAGACGCUAGCUGUGUCAAUGGCGGUUUAGGCUGUAUCGACGCAGUUUGCCGCUUCUGCCAAGUAUUUAAAACGACUCAGUCGUCGACCUUUCCGGAUUGUACAUCCAUCGAUGGUUACUCUGCUGGCGUUGACACUACCACCAACGUUUCGAAACCGAAUAGUGAUUCAAUUGAUACAGAUACUGAAGCACCUACUGAAUCCCCUGUCGUCAAUGAUACUCCCUCGUCAGUUGGAGCAAUCUGUACUCAGAUCCAAUCGGAUGGCGAUGCUGCCGUUGGCAUCAAUAUUUAUACUGAUACUUCGUGCGCUAAUGGUGGCGUAGGCUGUAUUGAUGACAUCUGUCGGUUCUGCAAGGUCACGUCUACAGAGCAAUCGGCCUCUUUUGUCGACUGCCCCAGUGUAGACGCUUAG